CACAGCGUGCCAGGAAAUCCUCGGUAAUCAGCUCCAGCGGCUGCAGAUAGCGUCUUAUGGUGGACAGCUGCAGCACCGGCUUCUGGACGCGCGAACGGAACUGACGCCACGGCUCGCCAUGCCUGUAACAAGGCUGCAUCGAAAAGUUCACACAUUUUGGCGACCUUGAAACUGGCGCUAAUUGAACGCUAACCAAGAAGAAGCCGACGUCGGAUGACUGGGCAAGUGCCCAAACCAAAUGGGAAGCUAACCAGAUGCGAUGCCCUGUUAUACCACCAACAGCGAUUGAUCAACUGGAGCAUAUGGCGUCGCUAUAAUACCUACCAACCCUUUCUGCAUAAUUCCAGCUGUGAUUUCUGCCAUCUGCUGUCACACCCGAAUAAGAUCGCAUUCGAGUCACUUGUGCUGAAAGCCAUUCAGACGAGAGCCAAUAUAAAUCACACUUGCCCCUACAAUCACGAUGUCAUAGUGGAUAAUUUGGUGUUCACUGAUGCAUUCCUGCAAACGCUGCCACUGCCGCAAGGCGAUUAUAAGAUACAAUUGCGAUUUGCGUCCGACAAAACAUGGAGACUAAUGGUGGAAGUAUUCAUCUUGCGAGAUGAAUAGAACAAUUGAAUUAAACGAAUAAAUAUGGUAUUUGACAAUUUUAUACAAUGUGUU